GGAAGUGCAGCGCAUGGCGGGUUUUCUGUUUCCACCGCGUUAUGAAAACAAACCGUGUUAAAGUUCAGCAGAUUUGAUCAAAUUAAUAUGGAGGAAUGUUUCCAUCACGAACGCAGGAUUUAUGAGUAAAUAGGCGGAUUUUACUCCCACACAGCGGGCGGUAAGUGGCGGCUCCGCUGCACGGCUGUAAUUUAGGCUCAGUUUUAUGCGGCUGUUAUCCAGGAUCAACACGAUGAGCAGGUUCAGAUCUGUAAAGGGGAAGCGAGCAGCGCUGGAGGACACACAGGACACAGCACAGGUCAAAUCCAGCAAGAGAACAAAGCCUAAAGUUCCUCAAGUUAAAGAAGAAGAGUCCGCUGAACUGUCCUCGUAUCACUUCUUCAAUGACCCUACUGAACAGAGGCUCUUUCGUUCUCAUCUGCUGUCCUGGUAUGACCAGAACAAGAGAGAGCUGCCAUGGAGAACACUGGCCAUGACUGAGAAGGACAUCAGUAUCCGGACAUAUGGAGUAUGGGUGUCGGAGGUGAUGCUGCAGCAGACUCAGGUUGCUACAGUGAUAGAGUACUACAACAAAUGGAUGAAGAGGUGGCCAACAGUGCAGAAACUUGCAGAAGCUUCACUGGAGGAGGUGAAUCAGAUGUGGGCAGGCCUGGGAUAUUACUCUCGUGGACGGAGGCUGCAUGAAGGAGCUAAGAAGGUGGUGAGUGAGCUGGGUGGGGAGAUGCCCAGGUCUGCUGAGGCUCUUCUGAAGCAGCUGCCAGGAGUCGGCCGCUACACCGCCGGGGCCAUCGGCUCCAUCGCUCUGGGACAGGUUACAGGUGCUGUGGACGGGAAUGUGAUUCGGGUCCUGUGUCGAGUUCGGGCGAUUGGAGCAGACAGCACCAGCCCUCCGGUCACUGAGGCACUGUGGAACAUAGCAGACACGCUAGUGGAUCCAGAGAGACCUGGAGAUUUUAACCAGGCUUUGAUGGAGCUGGGGGCCACAGUGUGUACCCCUAAAACCCCACUUUGCGGUCAAUGUCCUGUUCAAACUCACUGCCACGCCUAUAAGAAGGUGAGCUUAAAACAAGAGAAAGACACCAAAAGACUUCUAAGCAAACUGGACUCAAAGCUGAACAGCGCUGUUCCUGAUAUAGAGAACUGCUUGAGUGGUAGCUGUAACCUCUGCCUAUCUGAGGGCUGGGACGGUGAGCUGGGGGUGCAGAAUUACCCCCGAAAACCCGUGAAGAAAGCCCCUCGUGUGGAGCGGACACUAACUUGUGUCCUGCAGCGGCAGAGUGACCAGGGGCACGUUGAAUACCUGCUCACCCAGAGACCCAGUAAAGGGCUUCUUGCAGGAAUGUGGGAGUUACCCAGCAUGCUGUUAGAGGAGGGCAUCUCUGAGAAGAAGCACAGAAGCCUGUUAAGUGCUGAGGUGAAGAGGAUUCUGGGAACAUCACCAGAUGAAGAAUCUUUUCAGUACCUGGGAGAGGUGGUCCAUAUCUUCUCCCACAUCCACCAAACGUACGUGGUCUACAGCGCGAGUGUGCCUGUCCCUGCUGAGGCAGAGAGAGAGCAGAAAACCUGCUGGCUCACAGAUUCAGCUCUGCAGGAGGCUGCCGUCUCCACUGGGGUCAAAAAGAUUAUGAAGCUUUAUUAUGAGAACACAAACAAACUGAAGGACUCUAAGCAUAAGAAGCGUAAGCAAAGCUCUGAACCUGGGAAAGAAAAGCAGGCCAAACAGUCGAGGAAACGACGGGAGAGUGCACCUAACGGAGGCCCAAAACAGCUCUGCCUCAGCCACUUCUUUACAUCCUCAAAACCAGCAGGCAGAUAAAGCUCUCAACAUCAGAUACUUACAUCGAUCAGGCAUAACAUUAUGACCACCUCCUUGUUUCUACACUCAUUGUC